AUGGGCGCAUACGGAGGCCGUGGUCCUAUGGUCAAUGGGGUGCUGUGGGCCGAAGCUGUUAUCUUUGCCUUCUUUGUAUCGCUCAGGCUCUUCACUCGCAAGGUCAUCUUGAAUUCUGUUGGUGCUGAUGACUGGAUCUCAAUUAUUUGUCUGCUUGUUCACAUUCUAUAUACAAUCUUCGUGACAAUCGCAACUGGUUAUGGCCUUGGUCGACUGUAUGAGGACGUUGGCGAUGCGGCUACUUAUGUUAUUGCAGUCAAAUACGAAAUUUUCAGCCAAGUGGCCGGUCUCAUGGCCAUUGGUAUUGGAAAAUGGGCUGUGGGUACGUUCCUUCUUCGCAUUGUGCGCAACAAAUAUCAGAUUGCCAUGAUCUGGGCCUGUCUGGCGAUAGUCAGUAUAAUCACAGUCUUCGCUAGCGUGACGGUGGUGGUACAGUGUGUGCCGGUCGGAUACACUGUUGGGUCAAUAUUUGUCGCCGCUGAUUUCUCCUUCGCUAUCCUGCCUUGGUUUGUGGUCUGGGAUCUCAACAUGAAGCAGAAGGAAAAGAUCUUAGUUGCAUCUGGUCUGAGCUUGGGUAUUUUUGCUGGAGUAUGUGGAAUUGUCCGCACUGUAGCACUAACAGGCUUAAGCAUGAAUGAGUAUAUCUACGAUACCGUUCCGAUGCUCAUCUGGUCGGCAACCGAAAGCACCGCUACAAUCAUGUGCUCGACAAUUCCCGUCCUCCGUCCCCUUUAUGUGCGUAUCCGAUACAACAAGAAGGACGGCAAGAGUGAUCCUUCAUCCGAAAAUAAUGCCUACAAAAUUCCCCUUUACCCCGAGCGUUACGGGAAGAACGUGAUUGCUUGCUCAACCACAAAUGCCAGCGAUGAGGCAAUCAUCCGAGAUGAUACUGGAAUUACUGUUACAGAGCAUGUCUCGGUUCGACGGGACUCAUUCGGUGGAGUUUAA